AUCCAACUGAAUUACAUGACCGACAACGUCAUCAAAAGUGCUAGAACUGUCCCAUUUCUUUUCUAUUGUAUUCUGAUUUCGAGAUUAUAAUAGUACUUAUUUUUUGUUAUAAAUUUACGUUAUGUUCACCUUCUUAGAAUUUAUAUAAAUGCGUUAUUUGUGAGCAGAAACUUUUUUGUACUCAUAAAAAAUUAAUUCACUUACUUUCUGGCGUUGAAGAAAUGGCUUCUGUAUUUCUUUGUGCUUUAGCCUUGUUAGGUAUAUCAAGCUUUCUAUUUGAUCAAUGCAAUUGUGACAAUUCACCUUCGACUCGUUCUUCAAAAGAUAAUUCAGAUGACAAUGACAGAACCCCGAAUGAGGAGGAUAGAAAAGCUUGCGUAAACAAUAAUAAAGACUUAGACCUCAUCGGAGUUAGUACAUAUAAGGAUCAACCUUGUAAGGUGAUUUGUGAUUAUGAAGAUAGUCAAGUAACCAUCAAUCUUUCUAAAAAUACAGCCUGUACAAAAGAUAAUAAAGAUGGGAAAUGCACAGCAGAUGGAAAAUGUCUGUAACGGAAGAAUAAGAACCGAUAAUAUCAGCCAGAUCUGUCUUGAAAGAAAAAUAUUGAAAAUGCAUGUUUAUUUGUUGACAAAAGAGGCUCAUUUUAUUUUCAUUUUGAAAGAAGCCUUUUUUAAUGGACGUGAAAGAAGACAAAAGAAAUAGUAAAAAAAUACAACUAUGUAACAUUUAAAUAAAAUUUUAAUAACGUUC